UGGCAACUGCACCUCUAUGUAGCCGCACCGUAUAUUUUCUGUGGGUUAGUUUCGUCACUAUCACAUACCUCUUCCCAAGGGUUAGGGUUUUCCCAUCAUCCUGCCUCUUAAUUUCAGCCGUCCGAUCAUCAUCAUUCCCCACCACCUCUGCCCCUGCACUAUUUAACUCUGCACACUCACUGUCGCUUCAUUCAUGUCGUUCCACUUUCGCCGCCACUCUCUUUUCUCUGCUUCUAUUCACUCGUCAAACUCUGCUUUCUAAUCGAUUCGAUUUCACAUUUUAGUUUGUGAUUCGCAAUUUGCCGGUGAAGUACGAUCAGACGCUAGAGAAAUGGAAUCCGUGACUUUUACAGAGACGAUAGGCAAGGACGAGAAGCUUUGCUUCGAUUGCAAAACCUCCAAAACGCCGUUGUGGAGGAGCGGUCCGGCCGGUCCAAAGUCGCUAUGUAAUGCUUGUGGAAUUAGGUUUAGGAAGAAGAAGAGUUUACCAACAUCAGAUAAGAAGAAAGAGAAACCACAUCCUUCAUCUUCUCCUUCACCGAGUUCAUCCGCAGCAACCGAUGAUAACAUGACGAGUUUGAGUUCUCGAAAACGAGAGAUCAGUGAGGAUGAUUUGAGGAUAAAAGUGGUGUUGCAGAGGCCUAGAUCUCCGAUGAAGAAGAUCAGGAGGAUUGAGAGGAAGUUUGGGGAAGUAGAACAAGCUGCUUAUUUGUUGAUGUGUUUAUCUUGUGGGUAAAUAUUUAAGUGUUUGUGUUAAUGUUGGUAUUUUUUUGUUGUGGUGGUUAGAAAUAGAAAUAUCUAUAGUGGUUAGUUAUUAAGGAAAAUGUUACAAGUGAGAAUACAAGUAGUGGUGUAUAGGGGUGUAGGUAUGCCCUUUUCUAUGUUGGGGGUAAAAAUGUAGAUGUAUUUACCAACUUUUGACUGGAAUAGAAUGUCCUUUUUAUCGAU